GGCAAGGCGGAGAAGAAGAAGAAGAAGAAAAAAAAGAAAAAGUAUACCAUACCAUACCAUCGGACUACGAAACGAUAACCUUCAUUGGCUUGUAUUCAUAUGUUUAAUGAUUACGAGUUAUAUAAAUAUAUAUGAAAAGCAAUCAUGAGACUCAGGUCUCAAAAAACCGUCACGGCAUUUCCAGAGACGCCGAGGAGCAAACCCCGACGCUCCAACAAAGCGACCCCGAGAGAAACGAGCCCAUCGGCGACCGAGAGUCCGCUCCACAACAAGGUUGAAAAGACUUUGGAAGAUGAUUCAAACCACUCGGACGAAGAGAUUCCCACCAUGACGAGGCGACCGUUGCCCCGUGGCCGAGCGAGGAAGAGAGCAAUCGCCGUCGAAGACAGAGAGUCAGAUUUGUCCUUCAAGACUCCAGUCAGGCCCAUCAUGCGACGUGAGCACAUACUGUCAGAGAUCAACUCAGUUACGCCUCGAAACGAAACAGCCAGAAACAUCUACACGCCCAUUGUGCGUUUCCUCACACCCGCCAAAGAGAAUGUAAAGUGUGCAGGUACAGGAACCAACGUGCUGAUGAGUCCAGAACAAGGUGUGUUUGGUUACGGCUCCAUCGACCUUUUGGCUGGAGACGAGGACGAGGACGUCUUCAGUCCCUUUACCUUCAUCAAGAACAUACCAUCACAGUCCCAGCAUUCCCAACCCAGACUCAGAGAUAUUCCCCCCAAGACCAGGAGCACUCCAGAAGCCACGCUGGUGCUCGACCUGGAGGAGACUCUGAUGUUCAGCUCUCUGAACGUGAUCGAGGACGCAGAGUUCACCUUCCACACAGCUUUCCAGGAUCAUCAGUACAAGGUGUACAUGAUCCUGCGUCCAUAUGUAAAGGAGUUUCUUCAGGCCAUGGCUAAAGUCUACGAGCUGUUUGUUUACACAUGUGCAAAGAAGGAAUACGCUGAGAAGAUACUGGACGUCCUGGACCCGCAGAGGAAACUGUUUCGGCAUCGUCUGUAUCAAGAUGAUUGCGCCUGUGUCCUCGGCCACUACAUCAAAGAUCUCGAUGGUCUUGGGAGAGAUCUCACCAAGACGGUGGUUCUGGACAACACACCUCACACCUACCCGUACCAUCUGAUGAACACGAUUCCCAUCAAGAGCUGGUCCGGGCAGUCAGAGGACAGAGAACUGCACAAGCUCGUCCCCUACAUGGAGAAACUGUCUACAGCGGAGGAUUUUCGGGAGGUGCUGAAGAAGAGGAAGGAUCACUUCCACAGGCUGCUGUCAGAGGACUAAAACGACUCUUUCCUCCACCCCUUCUGCUUUAACUACUUUACGUGACUCUCACAGCUCAUGUUAGCAUUUCUUUUUGCUUUUGGCUGAAAGCAGAAUCUAGCUGGAAUUUGCCCGUUGUGGUGGACCUGCACGUCUCCCUGAUGACUUUAAAGGACAGCAGACUGGUAUUUCAAACAUGCUGCCGGUCGUUGAUCACCAAACCCCCCCCCCCACUGCUCCCUUUUUUUUCCCUAAGACACAUUCCACAGGGCAGUAAAGCCAGCGUCUGUGUAUUUACAGAACUUUAAAUAUGUUGUACAUAUUCAUAAUUUUUAAUUUAUUCAUUAUAUCGCUGAUUAACUGCUGUAAUCUCUGUAUAUUUUAGAUAUGCUUUUUUAUGCAAUAAAAUGACCCCUGAUGAUAAAGGGAU